CAUCGUCGACUUGGUCGUUUAAGCACGUUCGUGUUUGUUGGUUUGUUGGUUCUCCGAUUCAUUGGUUUGUUGGUGUAUUUUUUCGCUUGAGAGCUCAUUAACGUUUCGCUUCGCUAAGUGCGCUGUAUCGCCUGGGAGCCAGCAACGCGAUAACCCAAGUCAACCAACCCGCCAAGGAAGUCAAGCCAAGCCAAACCAAGUCAAAGAACCAAAAUCAAAACUCACCAAGCUGUGAAAAAAUCCCGAACUAAAAUUUUUUAUAAAAGUUUUUCUUUAUCGGUGUCUAUGCGCACUGAUACAAUAUCAUAUUCCUGUGUAAAGGUGUUCGUCUGUGUAUGUAUCAAUGUAUCGGCGGAUCUGAUUGCCUAAGAUCACUAAUUUUGGCACAUAAAAAUAAUGGAAUAGAAAUAAUAUUUGAAAAUUCAAAUUGCUGGCGUACGUUGAGUGCACUUCGCCCUUUCCGCGGCCGAAAUGGCAUACAUGAUAAACGUUUGGAAUUGAGAGAGAAUAAUAGUAGGAAAACAAAGUUCAAUUAGAAAAUAUCAAAUGAAAAUAUUUUCUAAAAAUAUAAGUGAAUGCAUAAACACUAUAUGUAUAUGUAUGUAGAUGAGAUUCUUGGCUCUGAUGAACGCCAAAGUCUUAAGGUAUAAACAAUUAACAAGACCCACCGAUGCAUAUGAACUAAACUUUUAAUUACAAUACAUCAACGACUGCAAACAAAGUAACAAACUAAAUUUACCCAAAACAAUUUUUUUUUUCAAUAAGUGCGUUCCAACAAAAAGGCGACGGUGCUGCAAAAAUAUGAUGGCACGAUUUUCGUAAGCGCCGCAGUAAACAAUUCCAAUAACAAUAACCAAAUAUAAAAUUAAACGCUCAAUAUUUAUGACCUUAAUAUGCGAAUUAAAAUCUGGCAAAAUCAAUUGAUACAAAAUAAUAUAUCUAUUUAGAUGCAUAUGUGUAUAAUAACCAAAUACUGAUAUAUACUUAUUUAAUGUUUAUAAAAUGCAAGUUCUAGAAAUACAUAAAAAAAAUAAAAAAAUAUUUCAAAAACUGUGCACCACCAAAAAUUAAAAAGAAAAUUGUGUGAAAUAAAUAGUAUAUUUCUACUAAAAAACCUGAAGUGGUGAAGAAACUGAAAUCAAAAUGCGAAACUUUAAUUAACCAAUGAUUUUGUUUUCGUACGCUUGUCAGUGGAAAUAAUAAUAAUAGAACGUUUAUGAAAACUCAAACGCCUGCUUUCAAAACAUUAAAAUACAUAUAUCGCCCUGAUUUUUAAUUGUUUUGCGUUGUUUACUCAUUUAUAAUACAGAUAUUAACAAAACAAAACAUAAAUAAAAAAAUUGCAAUGAUGAUGCUAACUACAGAGCAUCUUAUGCAUGGCCAUGCGACGUCGGUUAGUCAGAGUGCGCUUUUUGGUUGCUCGACAGCAGGACAUAGCGGCAUCAAUCAGCUUGGUGGCGUCUAUGUCAAUGGUCGACCUCUACCAGACUCGACUCGCCAGAAGAUCGUCGAAUUAGCGCAUUCCGGUGCGCGCCCUUGUGAUAUAUCACGCAUCCUGCAGGUGUCCAACGGAUGUGUUAGUAAAAUUCUGGGCAGAUAUUACGAAACGGGAUCUAUUAAGCCACGAGCGAUAGGUGGAUCAAAGCCACGUGUUGCUACAACUCCUGUCGUACAAAAAAUCGCGGAUUACAAGCGCGAAUGUCCGAGCAUUUUCGCCUGGGAGAUACGUGAUCGAUUAUUAUCGGAGCAAAUUUGCAACAGCGAUAACAUACCAAGUGUUUCAUCUAUAAAUCGAGUUCUUCGAAAUUUAGCCUCGCAAAAAGAACAACAAGCACAACAACAAAACGAAUCCGUGUACGAGAAAUUACGCAUGUUUAAUGGGCAAUCGGGCGGCUGGGCCUGGUACCACGGUAACGCAACACCGGGUCAUCUGGCUUUACCGCCCACACCAACAGCAACGAAUUUAUCUGGACCAGUAAUUCGCGAUGAUUUGCAAAAACGUGGUAAGUUACAAUGAGUUUGUUUAGAUAAAUAAUGCAAUGACAAAUAAAUUUUAAACUUUUAAUACGAGUAUUGAUUUAGCAGAGUUUAGUAUGGGUUUUUUACUUGGGAAAUGGAAAAGGUCUUGGGUUACAGGAACUUGCAGACUUCCCGUAGCAUCGCAUUCGUUCAGAGCAACAAGUUUUUGAGAUUAUUCAAGCCCAGCAGCCUAAGUCAGGGGAAUUAGAGAACUGUUACGACUACCGACGAACUGACAGUAAUCGUAAUUUGUCUGUAACAAUAGGUCUACUUGCGUUAUCGGUUAUUUAAUUUUGUUAUAGUUAAAUAUUAAGUUAUCUGUUUCAGUUAU